UCUGCACGCGAGGCAGGUUUCCUUCCACCUCCCCAGCGGCCCUUUCCGAGAGCUGAGGGCGGUUGGGGGCUUGACUGAGCCCUGGCCACAAAACAAAGGGGUGCCGGUGCCGGUUUGAUAGGCCGAGCCGCUGCAGAAAGACAGCCCGAAAGCCCGAUUUCGUUGCGAGUCUCCGUCAAGAGGGGCUGCGGGCCCAGAAAGGCCCGGAAGAGAGCGAGCCAAGGCCCGGGCAGGAAGCAGCGGCGAAUCGCCUUUCCUCGCCCUGCCCACCGCGAAGGCAGGUCCCACACUUGCGCUGCGAGGCAGGCGACGCUGCUUCCUCCCUCCCUCCCGCCUCCGCUGGCAGGAAAGCGGAGGCCGCUUCUUUCCAAGAAGCAGCUGCCGAGAGCAGGGCUCUUGGAACUGAGGCCCAGCGGCGCCACAGCCUCGCUCCUAAAACCGCGUCUAGCAAGGCAGUCUGGCGCCCGAGGACGCAACGCGGCCUCAGGCGCUCCUGCUUCGUUGUGCCUGGCCGCUUGCCGGGCGGCGUGUUUCCCGCUGCGCGUCUUUACCCCUGAGGCAAACUGCCCCCCCUCCCCUUAGGGUUGCCAACUCUGGCUUAGGAAAACCUUGGUGAUUUGGAGGCAAAGCCUGGGGGGGCGAGGGCAGGAGGUGGGAGCUGAACGGGGAUAUGCUUCCAUAGAGUCCACCUAUUGCCUGGAGAUCAGUUGUAAUUCCGGGAGAUCGCCAGCCACCAUCUGGAGGUUGGUAACCCUUCCCCAGCCGAAAGGAGGGGAAGAGGCACUUUAGCGGGGUGGGUUUUAUGUUGACACGCUUCUAGUGGGAGUUAUUGUCGAGGUACUGGGAGAAGCUGGGUACGUGGCUAGUGGAAAAACGGAGGGCUGGCCUCAGGCCCUAGAUGCUGGAGCUGCCAUUGAAGCAGAUGUCUUGGGAUCGUGGCUUUUGGGAACAUGACCAGUAAGAGGCAUUUAGGAUUACAGCAACUUUCCUCUUUGGCAUCUACUGCAAAGACCUUUUUAGGACCAGUUAAAUCUUCCAAAUUUAUUGUUGAUGAAAGAACUCAUGGGAGUAUGUUGAUUUGCUCUGCAGCACGACUUCUUGAAAGCUUGGAUUCAAGUAAUACAGUAGGACAACUUCUUAAUGAUGCCAUCCAGGCACAGAACAAAGAGUAUAAAACUGGAACAACCACUCUGUUAUUUCUUGUCAGUGCAUGGAGCAACGCUGUGCUUGAGUGCCUUGAGCAGGAUAUUCCCCUUUCAAUAAUAGUAGCUGUGAUGUCAGAAGGUCUCAGUUCUUGCAUUGAACAAGUUCAGUGCUUGACAAUAUCAAUGCUCAACACGAAGGAAAAGCUAGAUGAUGUUCCUAUGAAAGAUAAUGACAAGGUCAUUAACAUUUGUUUUGACACAACUGGAAGGCAGAUUGUUGAAACUAAAACUUCAGGUGUCAGAUUUAAAAACAGUUUUGAAAUCCAUGUAUCGGAAAAAGAAGAACCUGCCAUUCAGCAAGGAAAUGCUAUCAAUCCUUGGGAAAGCUCACCGUAUCCGUGGGUAUUUACUAAAAGCAGCAUAGCAUGUUCACAGGCUAAUCUAGUAGAUGCCAGUUGUGUCAUCACAAUUAGCAAACCUCAUUUGGAUCUGUCAAACUGUAAUAAAAGAUCAAAAUUCAUCCACAGCAGAUACUUCAGUAGUGUGAGGGAAAUCCAUUCACAACAGCCAUCAGAUUAUUUUAAUGGCUCUGCAAAACGCAUGAAUGAACUCAAGUAUUUGGGACAACUUGCAAUGUCUCUUAGCCAUGGAAAUGGCCGUGAAAUGAAACUGGUACAGGAUAUUCUCAGAUACCAGUUGCUGACUGAUUAUCAAAUAGCUGACUCCCAUCCUUUCCAAUUUAAUAUUUCAAAAAUUGUAACUUGUUGUUUACCUGGUAUGUCUGAAAGUUAUUCUUGUGUUUGCCCUGGGUAUGUCACAUUACUAUCUCCAGAGAAAGCUGCUGUUGCUAAGCAACUUCAGGAUAGACCUCUUUGUAUUAUUCUUGCAGAUGGUGACCUAACAGAAAUGUAUCGCCAUUUGGGGUUUAACAGGUCAUACAAUGUAAGAAUGGUCUUUGAAAGUGGAAAUAAUCAAGCAAAUAGCUCAGGUUUGUGGGUUGACACAGUAUUAAAUAUUCUGAAUCAGUAUCACGUUGAUUUAAUUUUUGUGCAAGGUAACACGUGUGAAAGUUUAGAGGAAAGAUGCUUGCUAAAUAAUAUACUGAUAAUUAAUCAGGUCGAACAUGCUGUAUUGCAAGCUUUUAGCAAUAUUACAGGAGUAGAAAUAGUGACCUACCUUGCUCAGGUGAAUGAACAUUGUGUUGGCAAGGAUGUCUGUUUAAAUUUCUGGGGAGCUGAAGAGUCAAGUUGUAUGGAAUGGGAUAGCAGAGUACCAAUCGUUAUAACAGCAAAAGGAAUUCACCUGGUAACAGCAGUGCUUAGUAGUCCGGUAUUGUCCAAGAUGCAAGCCAUUGAAGAUCAGUUUUGGACGUGUGCUUAUCGUGUGCAUCAUGCUCUACUUGAUAACGCAGUCUUUCCUGGAGGCGGUGCUGUUGAAUUUCUGUGUCUCAGCUACCUUGAGAAGUUGGAGAAAGAGGCCAAAAAGUCCACAGGAGAAUUUCAUGUUGGUCCCUCCUGGCUUGCAAAAUCUUUGGAACAAUAUAAACCUCUGGUGUUUAAUGCUUUGGCAUGUGGUUGGCACCAGUACCUUUGCGCUGUCAUGUGCAAUACUGCAAACAGUUCAUCCGAGUUUGAAGCCAGCAUUUUUAUAGAGCAGCAUCUCAGAAAAGCAACCAUGUGCAGUUCACCUUCUGCCUACAUAAUGGAGGAGUUUAGGAAGGAGAAGAUGAGCACAGCAAUCCUUGAACCUGUAGGGACAUAUGAAAAGGCUUUAAAAGUGUAUGACAAUGUUACUGCUAAAAUAGAGGCAUGGCGUAGAGCUCUAGAUUUAGUGCUGUUAGUUCUUCAAACAGAUGCUGAAAUUAUCACAGGACCUAAGAGAGAUCAGUUGUUAAAAUCACAAGCAAGUGAGUUUGUGUUUUUAUAAGAAUUUGUAAGGCUGCAUAUGGUUAUAAAUGUAGAAUAUGCACAAGUCUGCAAGCAAUUGCCAUGAUUACUCAAGAAAGGUGACUCUGCAUGUAAGACAAUUUACCUAAAACAAGUCACAUACAAAAUUUUAUUUUAAUUACUGUACAUACUUGUAACUUAUAUGUGAACAUAAAAUGACACCUCGUUUUCUUGGCAACACAUGGGAAAACCCAAUUUUUUGAGUAAAUACUGUAUAUAUUUGUAUGGUUUUGUAAUCUGAAAUUCUUGGUAAGAUGUUUUGGGUCCUUUCAGGGAUGAGGAGUGUCAAGCAAAUACUCUCAUAAAAUAUAAAAUUAAGAAAAUAAAUA